UGAAUCCUGCAGAUCAGUGGAGCUAUUGGCUAUCAAUCUCACAAAAAAGGAGAGAGAAGUAGAGACGCCUGGGAUGCUGAUGUCUGAUCCUCAGAGGAUGCUAUCGAUCAGGCUCGCAAACGCUUUCCUUUCCACUUUAAUACAAUGAUGUGCAUAAUUAGACUUUUUGUACUCCCUAAAAGCUUAUUAGAUAAGGGGAUAUGAGCAGCGUCACACAUCGCAUGGGGAAAGCCGAGUGAUCAAUGCAGAACUCCUCAGCGCUGGUCGGGAUGGUUAGUCACUGUCAGACCCCAACUUUCCCAGACUUCACGGGCUUGACGCUCUCCGUAUACGGCAGCAAGGCGGACAUCUGCGCGCGGCGAGCCGGGAACGGCGGGUUUGGAUCUCAGAUUUGCCGGAGCUCCCAUGAUCCCCCGACUUACAUGAACUGCGCCAGCCCGAAGCGGCUCACUCCGUCCGAGGAAAGAGCGCAUCUGACAGCCAAAACCGCGCGCUUGUGCCUCUCAGUGCCACCGGUUCAAGUGAAUGGUGUCUACUGCUCCGAGAAGGAUGCAAAUGUUGAGCUGGGUGAUGCUGAGGGCACUCUGAUGCAAAGUGGGCCGAGCUUGUCGCAGCCAGCAGGGAGCCAUUUAGAAGGGCUGUACCCCCAGAGCCUCCACUGCAGCAGACCUACACCUGACCUCCUUCUGCAGGAUGGCCCUCACCAAGACACCAGAAGCUCCUCUGCCUUCCAAAGGAUGCCACCGGGGGCCUCACCUAGCCUGGGCCGUGUUGCUAAUGGGACUCACUCCUCUGUCCCUUAUUCAAUCAAACAGGAGAACUUGAUGGGCUACAAGAUCUCUGGCAUCCAUGGAGCAUCUCAGGCUGGGUUUCAGGCCUGUAGGGCAGGCCAAGUUUUGGAAAGGUCAAGAGAUGAGAUGGUUGAAGCCCUUCAUAUUAGAAACAACGGCAAUGGCGUAUGUACAGUGAGCUGUGUAGGUAGUGCUGUGUCAAGAGACGCAGUGCAACCUUUUAAUAAUGAAGAUGGCUCCUCCCCGCUGGCUUUGUCCCCAACUGGCUCCCGUCAUUCAGCGCGGCUGCUCAGUGCUAACGGUGUGAAGAGACGCUGCCUGUCCCUGGCCUCACAGUCCACCACCGCUGCUGGCGCUGGCAGCGUCGCUCCUACAGAUUCCACAUCAGCUAUUGACGCAGCCUCUGAGGAGAUCAAUACCACCGCAAUCAUCUGCUCCUCCUCCCAGAUGUCGAUGGUUGCCUGCGUCAACGGGUUCCGUGCUAACCUCUCGCCCAGCCAGAUUAGCAGCGCCGGCUUCUCCUCCUCUUCCUCCUCCUCUUCUACAUCCCCACCCUCUAACUGCUGCCCACAGGAAGGCCCCCAGAGGCCCCCACCUCACAGCAGCCCCCAACAGGCCACACUACAGGAAAGCUGUCAGCUGUCUUCACCUGCCACCUGCCUGCUGUCCCUUUCCUCCUCCUCCUCAUCCUCCUCUUCAGCGUCAUUAGUAGAGCCAGAGCAAGGCCAGGGGCAGGGCCUGGGGCUGUGUGAGGAGCAGAGCUCCAUGCUGCGGGUGCGUGGGGCUGGCGGAACAGCCGAGGGAGGAGUAGGUAGCAGAAGAAGCUCGGAUGGAUUGGGAAUACUGAUGAAUGGGGCCCUGAUGUCUGGGACGUUGCAUUCGGGGCCUGAAUCCGGAGGUCUCUUAGAUGGGGCUCAAAGAUCUGGGGCUGCUCUUAAGCAAGAACCUCUGGAUGACUUCUCUCCCAGUGAAGGUGAACUUUUUCAGCACCACUAUCACCAUCACUUGAGUGGUCGAAGUGGGCAGCUUCGUCACACUCACCACCUGUCUCGAUCUGUCAUGCCUCCUCCAUAUCACUUACACCAAUACCCAGAGCCUAGUCCUGGGGGGCCGCUGCACCACCAGAGCCAGCAAACACCACCAGCCUCCUCCAUGGGACUUAAACCAGCCUCUGGAGGCCCUCCUGUACCUCACACAGCCCCUGACCAGGAAGAAGUCAGAGGAGGAGCACUGGCAGAUAAGCAGGUGUGUCGGUGGAUUGACUGCAGUGCUGCUUAUGAGCAGCAGGAGGAGCUUGUGAGACAUAUUGAGAAAGUCCAUAUCGACCAACGAAAAGGCGAGGACUUCACGUGUUUCUGGGCCGGCUGCAUUCGCCGCUACAAGCCCUUCAAUGCCCGCUACAAGCUGCUCAUUCACAUGAGGGUCCACUCUGGAGAAAAACCUAACAAGUGUAUGGAAACCCCAGAAGACAGGAGAGAAAAGAUGCUUCAGGGAGAUGCAACGCAAUUCGAGGGCUGCAACAAAGCAUUUUCUCGUCUGGAGAACCUGAAGAUCCACCUGAGGAGCCACACAGGAGAGAAACCCUACCUGUGCCAGCACCCCGGCUGCCAGAAAGCUUUCAGCAACUCCAGCGACCGAGCCAAGCAUCAGCGCACUCACCUGGACACGAAACCGUAUGCAUGUCAGAUUUCUGGCUGUACCAAGCGCUACACAGAUCCCAGCUCUCUACGCAAACAUGUCAAGAUCCACUCAGCCAAAGAGCAACAGGUGCAUAGAAAGCUGCGGCCCUGCCCUCACCUGGAACAGGACAUCCUGACUGACUGCCUGGCCAUGCAGCAACUUCAAAGCGCCAACUCCUCGCAGCAUCUCUACAAUGGCAAAGACGGUCGUUCUCCUGCACUGGGGCCAGACAUCUUCACAGGCCUUUAUGCUGGCUCCAGCACCCCCCAUCACAGCGCCUCAGUGGAGCUCCUCUCCACUCCCACCCCCAACCCUGCCCCCAUCACUGACCUGCCGUCCCGACAACACCGACUGGAUCGGGACCUUGGCAGCCCUCAUCACCUGUCCCCGCUGGCUGCCAUGGACAGCACGAGGGACGGGGUGACGGGCCCACUUUUGUCUCCGGGGAUGAAAGCAACAGGUACUCCUCCUCCUCCACUAGAGAAACAGCAUGUCCAUCCUCACCACAAGCCCUACUCUCACUAUCAUCAGUCUACCAACGAUGAAUACCAAGGCAGCUUUCAGAGUUGCUUCCAUUUUGGAGACUCCUACAGGAUGGAACAGACGGUCAGUGGCGUCCAUGUCCCCGGAGAUUCUCACGCCUACACCUCACAUCAGCACAAUGGUUUCCACAUGUCCAACAGCAACGCCAGCUCUGCAGGCUUCAGCUUGACUCAGGAGCUGCAAGGUGGGACAGGAUGCCAGUUUUCCUCAAGCCCAGAGGACAGCAUUUUCUUCCAGGUGGGCAGCUUCGACCGCAGCUUGAGCCACAUGUCAUCGGUCUACACAGAGACAUAAAGCAACACCGGAGCAGGGCACGCUUCCCCACUUUACUGCAAUCCAACUCCCCACGCAUGCAUUAUGACACUGAAACCUCCUCUUUUUUGUCUUUUCCCCAAAAUAUAAAAUACAGCUCAGAGUAACGGGUGUUCUGACCAAUCACCAAAGGAAAACUAAAUAAAUCAAACAUAUAGCAUAGAGCCAGUGUUUACUGGCACUAUCUCAAUGGAAGUUACAUCAGAUGAACACGUAAAGGCAAAAAGAGCAGUUUGUUAUCUUUGUUCAUUAUGACCUCUUAAAACAAAGAACUUAGUACUUGUGAUUCAUCAUCACCAGCUGGAUUUCCCUGCCAGCAAAGAAAUUAUCUUUAUUCUGUUACCCAAAUUAUUGAGGUGAAAUUAUCUAGUAGUUCAUGGAAAAUACAUGAGCUGAAGCAAUUUUACUACCAGCAUUUCAACUUAAGUCAG